AUGCUGUCAGAAGACGAAGAAAACGUUGUUUUGCUUCAGCACUCUGAGGCUCCCGAGCUCCUGCUCAGUCAGUUAUCCUCGCAGCAGGCCGCCCUCACCAGCACUUCUUGGAAAAGAACGUGGUUAUUUAUUCGCCUAGUCAUAUUUCGCCAAACCAAUGUGUUGGAGAAGUUCGUGCUCGAGCAUGAACCCAGUGACUGUGCUUUCGUGGCUAAAUACGGGAAAACUGUCUCGUUAGACCUAGCCUCCUACCCCAAGUUGUCCGUGAACAGACUAUCCCUAUACAGCAUACAUGCUCCACAUCCAUUGACCAAUUUUGCCAAAGAUGAGCCGUUGGCGCCAAACAUCUUGCAGGAGGUAUCUGAGCUGCCUGUGAUUGUGUUUAUCCAUGGUUUGGGUGGGCAGAUGUCGCAGUUUGAGCCGUUGAUGGCGUUACUUUCCCAGUGUCUGGAAGUCGUGGCCCUAGAUUUGCCCGGCUUUGGUAAUUCCAAGCUCGAAUUCAAAGAUAGCCACAAGAUCGUCAGUGAUAUCUCCGCCGAGGAAAAAGCCGACAUCUCCUCGGGCGUGAAGGCCUUGCUGUGGGGCGACUACGCUACAGAAAACCUAGUGAGCAUAAUCAAGCAGUACAUCCAGCAGACCGUGGCUCCUGAAAAGAAGGUUAUACUUGUGGGCCACUCCAUGGGUACUCACUUAGUCACGAAGACCGCUAAUGUGCUUGAGAAGGGCAAAGUAGAAGGCCUCGUGUUGUUAUCUCCUCCGCCUUUCGUCGAUGAUGUUCACCAAAAAACCGAAUCAAAGCACUCCCUUGGUUUCUCUGGCUACUUGAUGAAGUUCGCGUGGAUAUUUAACUUGUUCAGAGUCUGGGACAGACUUCCGGGUCUCAUCAGCAAGAGCGUGUACAGACAAUUGACCCACCAGAGCAGUCUACACCAACGAGCACGCCAAUUCAGGUGGAACCUUGACAUAGACACGAGGAUACUACUCCGCUACAUCAGUGGCUUCAACCGUGCUGGCUAUCUGGAACUAGUCAACGCUAUCUCUAGACUCAACAAUAACGUCAAGGAUCCAAAGACUUACGAGAAGACGUUGCUCGUUGGAGGCAUUGACGACAAGGUCACGUCUGUGAAGAUCAUUCACGAUUUGAACGAUUUCCUCACGGAAUAUUGGCAGAAGAAGGUAUGCAACGUCGUGGAGGUGAAGAAUGCGGGUCAUUCUUUGCUCCUAUCGAAGCCUGAGUUCAUCAGCGGACUUGUCCUUAAUCACUUCGAACUGCGCUUCCCAGAGCGUCUACAUCUACUGCCUGCUUGGGUACUCAAGCUUAAGGCCGAAAUCUCAGGUGACAAGUGGGGUUUGAAGAAUGAAAUCAAGUGGCUGCAAACACAGGCCAUCUCUUACAAUAUAACAAGACGCAACGGAAAGGAUGUGGCUAAAUUGCUUGGAAUGAAGACUCUCAGAGAAGGUGACGAAAACCACUCGCCGCUGGUUGUUGAGAACAAGUUCUACGGGGACGCUCAGAACAAAAACCCAAUCAAGGGCAAAUUAAUAGCCAUCGUUGACAUCUCCGCAGAUAUACCACCCUAUAGCCCCAAAACGUUUGAGAAAAUACAGUACUACAAGUGUGCCACUGUGUCGAAGGUGGUGCCUGACCACGUGGCUAUCAGGCGAUUCAUACAGCUCAUUGAUGAUAUCCUUGGCUCUACGAGCGAGCCUGAGCCGCUCAUAGCCGUGCACUGCCACUAUGGAAUGAAGUUUGGCGAAGCCUUAAGUCAGGGUUUGGUGCCUGAGUGGAAGGAGCAGUAUGUGGACUACAAGGCGGGGAAGAAGUAUGUCCGCAAGGCCUCUGCUAGUCGACUGGCGGCCGAGGACCUGAGGUCAACAGACACCACGCCUUUGCUACAUACUCGUGACGAUGGCCGUCCUUAUGUCUCCAAUGUCCCACAACUUCCACCAGCCGCGUCUCAGGGUCCUGAUGAUACUUCCAAAAGAAGAGGCUCGCUCUUCAACUUCUCGAACAAGUCCAACAAAGACAAGAGAGACCAGUUCAACGAAGACAAGACAGCAUUUUACAAGUGGCUCGACGCUGAGUUGGAGAAAGUAGAUACGUUUUAUAAGCUGAAAGAGAAAGAAGUGUAUGAAAGAUUCCUCAUCCUUGAAGACCAGUUCUUCCACUUGAAAGACCACAGGGGACACAUGCAAAAACGUGUAUUGUCUAUUGCGUCGUCCAAGGUACCUGCUGUGGCUACUGUUGAUAGUCUUGCCAUUAAGUUCAGGGCCUGGAUGCUGCGUUUGCAGAAAUAUGAGUUCCCUUCACUUCCAUCCACGGCAUUUCUCAACAAAUGGAGGAAGAGAAAGCUGAAAGAUACGAGCUUCCGCCUCACCGAUCAGGACAAGAAAGACGAUUAUGACCCUAACUACAUUGAGAAUCAAAUAAGAAACGGUGUAAUUGGAUUCCUCGAUUCAGACGUUGACGACGAGCUGAUCAACCCAUCCGAGGACGAGAGGAUGACUCAGGUACCUGAGAACACACCUGCUCAGACAAAGCAACAAAAUAGACGUGACUACACAAAGAAAAAGAGCUUCGGUGUGCCUUACCUCUACGCAAAGAGACAAUUGAAGGGCGCCUUGGUGGAGCAUUAUAGACUCAUCGCCUUGCUCAAGUCCUACAGAGUGAUGAACAGAACAGCCUUCAGAAAAAUCACAAAGAAGUUCGACAAAGCCAUCGGCACGAGCACCUGUGAGGAGUUUUUGAAGCGGAUUGACAAGCAGUCGUACUUCCUUUCUAGCGUUGUCUUGGACAAGAUACUGAGUCGUGUAGAGGAUCUCUUCAUGACUUACUUUGAUCAUGAUCAGCACGACAAGAAGCUGGGAUUGGAGAAGCUUAAAAGUACAACAUACGCUUAUACAAGUGCCGAGAUUAGGCAACCGCAGCAUUAUUUAAGCACCUUCUUGUCUGGUGCCUUCCUAGGCAUUGGGCUCCCCUUAUUUAUUAUCGGUUUGGUUGUGGCAUUGGACAAAACAUUGAGCAAUCAAAUGUCUGAGGGAAGAUUUCUUCUCCAACUUUGGGGAGGUUUUCUUCUCAUUAACUUGGCAUUUUUCUUUGUGGGAAUUAACUUGAUUGUCUACGAUCACUUCAAAAUCAGUUACAAGUUUAUCUUUGAGUUUAAUUUGGCGAAUGCUCUAGACUUCAAGCAGUUCUGGCUACUCCCCUCGCUAAGCUUUUCUUUACUUGGGCUUAUUGGCUGGUUUUCGUUCAAAGAUUUUUGGCCUGAAACCUUUCCUGGCAGAACAUUCCCACUUAUUUAUUUGGGCAUCAUGCUCAUCAUCUUUCUUUGGCCGGGAACCCUGCUUUACGGAGCAAGCAGACAAUGGCUUCAGAUAGCACUUUGGAGAAUCUUGUGGUCUGGUCUAUACCCUGUCGAGUUCAGAGAUUUCUACUUGGGAGAUAUUCUCUGCUCAUUGACGUAUCCCAUGGGUAACAUAUCCUUCUUCUUCUGCCUUUACGCAGACAAAUGGAGAAACGUUCUCGGUGGAGGCGAGGUUCCUUCCCUGUCGGUAAGAUGCGGUUCCGGCUACUCGAGGCCUAUGGGAUUUCUUCAGUCGCUUCCAUCCAUAUUCCGUUUCUUGCAAUGUCUUCGUCGUUUCAUGGACUCCGGUGAUGCAUUCCCUCAUUUGGCGAACAUGGUGAAAUACAUGAUUGGUGCAGUUUACUACUGUUUGCUCAGUGUUUGGCGUAUCGAUCGUACAAGCCUGAACAGAGCUGCUUUUAUCACUUUCGCUUGCAUCAAUUCUAUCUAUACAUCGGCGUGGGAUAUCGUGAUGGACUGGUCGUUGGGCCUGACUACAUCCAAAAACUUCCUUCUUCGGGACCACUUGUUCUACAAGAAGAAGUAUUACUACUAUAUUGCCACGGUUAUGAAUGUCAUUCUUCGUUUCCAAUGGAUCUUCUACGCAUUUUUCUCGAGUCAAAUCCAGCAGCUGGCUGUGACCAGUUUCUGCAUCGCUCUCGCUGAGAUUUUCCGUCGUUUCGUUUGGAUGUUCUUCCGUAUGGAGAAUGAACACUGCACCAAUGUGAUUCUUUUCAGAGCUUCCAGAGACUCCCCAUUGCCAUAUAUGAUUCUGUCGAGGGUAGAGUCGGCUAUCAAGCGCUUGGUGGACAUGAAAUAUGACGAUUUCAAGUCUUCCGAUGAUGACUACUCUCCAGAUUCCGAAGGAAGCGAGGAACCAGCCGCAGGUGUUCCUCAUUCAAGUAGCAGAAAACUGGCUGCAAGAACCACUGCACUUAGCCGCAGACUGGCAAAAUCUGACCAGCUUUUCGACGAAGAGGCAAGCAUUGACUCGCAUAAAUCCGAUGUCCACGGACCUGCCAAAAUAGGCGAGGCGUUACGCAGGCGUUCUACUAUUAAUGCUAUUCUGAAUGCCUUGAACAAGGCCCAUAUCAAGGAUUUCCAAAGAAAGACGUACACCGUUCCCGUUGACGACAGUGACGAAGAGGAUGACGAUGACGAAGAUCAAAAGAAGGUUGGAACUUCAAAUAAUCGUCAAUCUUCAAGACAUGGAGUCACUGAACUCGUGUGUUCGCUCAUUGCCAGCUUGAACAUCGUCACUGGCAUCUUUUUGUAUUCUCAGGAACACAAGGACGGAAUCACAAUUAAGACCGCUUCCAGGAGAAAGGCCAUCAUGGCCUGCACCACAAUGUGUCUCGUUUUUGGCGGCAUCGCUGUGCUGUUGAUGAUGUACGACAUUGCUACCCACAACUGGUAG